AUGGAUGUCUCCACAGGGACUGUGAGGAUGUCCCAGAUGUGGAUGCUGAGAUGGGUCGUUCUACUGGUGGGGCUGCAGUCCGUACAAGCAGACUUUAUGAGCGAUUAUGGAGGAAUGGCAGAUCCGGACUUUAUGUGGCCAACAACAACAGCAGCAUUCCCCAUGACAAGUGUGCUGGUCACUACUGUUGAAGUGAAUCCUGAUCAUCAGUCCACGAUCUGCAGCACAUGGGGAAAUUUCCACUUCAAGACAUUUGAUGGGCAUUUCUUUCAAGUGCCAGACACGUGCAACUACGUUCUGGCGGUGAUGUGUGACAACACAAAUUCUGACUUUAACAUCCAAAUGCAAAGAGAGACUGUGAAUGACUCAAUCACUUUUAGCACAGUCUCAAUAAAGCUGGAAGGGACAGUCAUCAAAAUCACUAAUGGCGACAUCACUAUGGGAGAAGAAAUGGUGUCUGUUCCGACCUAUAAUAACGGGAUUAAAAUCGAGGGAAGUUCAACAAGUGUCAAGAUCUCAAACAAACAUGGAGUGACUGUCUUCUGGGAGGAAGACAACUCUCUAACGAUUGAACUUCCUGAGAAGUAUCAAGGUCAGACCUGUGGACUUUGUGGAAACUACAAUGGCAACAAGAAUGAUGAUAUCACUGUUCAAGGUUCGGCCGCAUGGAAGGUGUCUAUAUCAGUUGAAACCUGUGAGGAAGUUACACUUCAACCCACUGAUCAGUGCAACCAGACAAGUGUUUGCCAGCAGUAUCUCAGAAGUCCAGGGUUUAGCGACUGUUACAACGUGAUGGACAUGGGUUCAUUUGAAGAGGCCUGUGUGAACGACCUGUGUCAAUGUUACGGCAAUCACGACUGUCUCUGCAACACACUCACGGAGAUUUCACGACAGUGCACACAUGCUGGAGGAAAUCCAGGAACAUGGAGGACAGAGCAGCUCUGCCCAAAGACAUGUCCUCUAAACAUGCAAUACCUGGAGUGUGGAAGUCCGUGCAAGAACACCUGCAAAGAUCCAACCACAAGUCUAAUGUGUAACGAACACUGUGUGGACGGCUGUUUCUGCCCUGAAGGCACCGUUGAAGACGACAUUGGUCAGAGUGGAUGUGUUCCUGUGAACCAGUGCCCAUGUGAUCACGAUGGCACACUAUAUCGAUCAGGAGAGUCUUACCAACAAGCUUGUAAAGAAUGUGUGUGUGACGCGGGACACUGGACCUGUACACACCUGGAAUGUCCCGGAAUCUGCUCUGUUGUGGGAGGGUCUCACGUCACCACCUAUGAUGGAAAGAGCUUCACCUUCAGCGGGAACUGUGACUACAUCCUCACUAAGCACUCUGAUGACAGUGAUAUUGCUGUCAUGGGAAAUCUGGCAGCGUGUGGUCCGGCCCGAAAAGACACGUGUCUAAAUUCAGUGACCCUUGUCAUCUCGGGGACCACUAUUAGUUUCUCCUCCGUUGGAACUGUUGCAGCGAAUGGAAUCAGUGCAAAUGUGCUUCCAGCAACCAUAGGUCCUGUGAGCAUCUUCCAGCCCUCUUCCUCCUUCAUUAUUGCUGAUAUGAAGAGUCUUCGUCUAGAGAUCCAGUUGGCUCCAGUCAUGCAGUUGUAUAUUACAGCCAGCACUGAAGAGAAAGGAAAAAUGAGCGGUCUGUGUGGAAACUAUAACGACAUCCAAACAGACGACUUUAAAACCGGAUCAGGCAUGAUAGAGGGCACACCAACCAACUUUGUCAACUUUUGGAAACGCAGUUGUCCAGAUCUUGAAAUCACAUUUGACAACCCCUGCAGCUUGAAUAUGGACACAGAGCAACUUGCGAAAGACUGGUGUUCCCGUCUCACAAACCCAAAUGGGACCUUUUCCGAAUGUCACUCAGAAAUAAAUCCUGAGAUGUACUACCAAUGGUGCGUCUAUGACACCUGCAAGUGUGCAGAUAUUAAAAAGUGUAUGUGUGCGGCCGUGUCCACGUAUGCCCACGCAUGUGCUGCCAAAGGAGUCAUUCUCCAGGGCUGGAUGGAUUCAGACCCCUGUGACACAAUUUUGAAGUGUCCAGAAAACAUGAAGUACGCUUACGGAGUGACCAGCUGUGGAAGCAGCUGCCGCUCUCUCAGUGUUCACGAUAACACCUGCCAAGGGUCCUUCACACCUGUAGAUGGCUGUGUCUGUCCUGAGGGAACAUACCUCAACGAAGCCGGCAGCUGUGUACAUGCUGACCAGUGUCCUUGUUACUAUGAAAACCAAGUCAUAGAGCCAUCAGCAGUGUACUACAAAGAUGGUUAUAAAUGCACCUGUAACCAUGGCAUAUUGCAGUGCUCCAUUCAAGCAGACUGUAAGGCUCCAAUGACAUUCUUUAAAUGCUCAUAUCCUGGAGAAAAAGGGACAGAGUGUCAGAGGACAUGUGAGAAACAAGACCCAAACAACUGUGUGAGCACAGGGUGUGUAUCAGGGUGUAUGUGUCCAGGCGGCCUUCUGGCUGAUGGCAAUGGUGGGUGUGUGGAGAGGGAAAAAUGUAGUUGUACCCACAAUGGAGUCUCCUAUUCUCCUGGGGGCCAAGUUCAGCAGGACUGUAACACCUGCACAUGCACAAACGGGGUGUGGAGUUGUACAGAAAAGGCAUGCUACAGCACCUGUACCAUCUACGGUGAAGGUCAUUUCAAGACUUUUGAUGGCAGGAAAUAUUCCUUCCACGGAGACUGUAAACACACCUUAGCCCAUGAUUACUGCGGUACAAACUUGUAUCCCUCCUUCCGGCUGGUCACAGAGAACAUCCCCUGCUCCACCGGCAACAGUAUCUGCUCCAAGACCAUCCAUCUGUUCUUUGGGAGAUACGAGAUGAUUUUAUCUGAGGAGGAUAGAGUGAAAGUUGUUGAAGGCAAUGGCACAGAUUACAACUAUAAAAUCCAUUCUGCAGUCCUAUAUAUUGUAAUAGAAGUUGAAGAUCUUUUGAAUUUGAUCUGGGACACUAAAACGAGUGUGAUGAUCCAACUCCAUCCCAAACUAAAGGGCAAGGUGUGUGGGCUGUGUGGAAACUUUGAUGGCAAUGCGAUUAAUGACUUUAUGAAGCUCAAUGGAGAAGUGGUGACCGAUCCAGAGGAAUUUGGGAAUAGCUGGAAGGUGGAUGCCAAAUGCCCAGAUGUGACAAACGUGAAGCAUCCUUGUGACGCAAAUCCAAACCGGCGUUCCUGGGCUGAAAAAAAAUGCGCAAUCAUUACGAGCCCUGUCUUUGAAGACUGCAAAUCAGCUGUGGACUCUCGCCCAUACUAUGAUGCCUGUGUAAGGGACGCCUGUGCAUGUGACAGCGGAGGUGACUGUGAUUGUCUCUGUACUGCAGUGGCAGCUUAUGCUGCUGAAUGCCGUAAAAAAGGAGUUUGUGUGGCAUGGAGGAGGCCAGACUUUUGUCCUGUAUUCUGUGACUACUACAAUGAACUAAAUGAAUGUGAGUGGCACUAUAAAACCUGCGGAUCCACCUGCAUGAAAACCUGCACAAAUCCCUCAGGCACUUGCUCUGAUCAAAUCCCUACUCUUGAGGGUUGUUUUCUUCAGUGCCCUUCUGAGAGGCCAUAUCUCAGGGAGGAGACCAUGAAGUGUGUUAAAACAUGUGAUGAAUGUUUCUAUGACGGGAAAUUAUUUCCACCUGGAUCUGUCAUUUACGACACCACAGAUGGGAACGGGGCAUGUUUAACUGCUCUGUGUGAUUCAAAUGGGGUAAUAGUAAGAAAUAUUUAUCAAUGCCCAACCCCAUCAACAACACCUUUCAUUUUCACAACUACAACUGAAACUACUAAAACAACCACAACUACUAUGUCAACUACAACCACAGUAUCCACAUCAACAAUAACAUCUACAACUACAAUAACAUCACCAAUAGUUACAACAACUCCCACAUAUGAGACAUCUACAAUCACAUCCACUAUACCUACAUCAACAGAAACAACAACUGUAACAACAACACCUACAUCAACUGAAACAACAACUACAACUGUAACAACAACACCUACAUCAACUGAAACUACAACUGUAACAACAACACCUACAUCAACUGAAACAACAACUACAACUGUAACAACAACACCUACAUCAACAGAAACAACAACUACAUGUUAUUUAAGUUGUAAAUGGUCAGAGUGGAUCGAUAGCAACACACCCAGUACAGAACCCAAAGGAUUUGAAACUGAAUCAAUCGAUGCGUUGUGGAAUUCAAAAAAGAUUACCUGUCAAAGCCCUGAAGAGAUUGAAUGUAGGGCAGUAGAUUAUCCGCAAAAGUCAUUGGAAGAUUUGGGUCAACAACUGUAUUGUAAUACAUCUUUUGGACUGUCAUGUUCAAAUGAAGACAAUGCAGAGGGCAUGCCACCACUUUGUUACAAUUAUAAAAUCCGUGUGAAAUGUUGUAAUGACAAUUGCAUUUCCCCUACAACGAUCACAUCAACAGAGACUACAACUGUAACGACAACACCUACAUCAACGGAAACAACACCUACAACCGUUACAGUAACAACACCUACAUCAACUGAAACAACACCUACAUCAACAGAAAGUACAACUGUAACGACAACACCUACAUCAACAGAAACAACACCUACAUCAACUGAAACAACAACUACAACUGUAACAACACCUACAUCAACUGAAACAACACCUACAUCAACUGAAACUACAACUGUAACGACAACACCUACAUCAACAGAAACAACAACUACAUGCUAUUUAAGUUGUAAAUGGUCAGAGUGGAUUGAUAGCAACACACCCAGUACAGAACCCAAAGGAUUUGAAACUGAAUCAAUCGAUGCGUUGUGGAAUUCAAAAAAGAUUACCUGUCAAAGCCCUGAAGAGAUUGAAUGUAGGGCAGUAGAUUAUCCGCAAAUGUCAUUGGAAGAUUUGGGUCAACAACUGUAUUGUAAUACAUCUUUUGGACUGUCAUGUUCAAAUGAAGACAAUGCAGAGGGCAUGCCACCACUUUGUUACAAUUAUAAAAUCCGUGUGGAAUGUUGUAAUGACAAUUGUAUUUCCCCUACAACGAUCACAUCAACAGAGACUACAACUGUAACAACAACACCUACAUCAACAGAAACAACACCUACAACCGUUACAGUAACAACACCUACAUCAACGGAAACAACACCUACAUCAACAGAAAGUACAACUGUAACGACAACACCUACAUCAACGGAAACAACACCUACAACCGUUACAGUAACAACACCUACAUCAACUGAAACAACACCUACAUCAACAGAAAGUACAACUGUAACGACAACACCUACAUCAACAGAAACAACACCUACAUCAACUGAAACAACAACUACAACUGUAACAACACCUACAUCAACUGAAACAACACCUACAUCAACUGAAACUACAACUGUAACGACAACACCUACAUCAACAGAAACAACAACUACAUGCUAUUUAAGUUGUAAAUGGUCAGAGUGGAUUGAUAGCAACACACCCAGUACAGAACCCAAAGGAUUUGAAACUGAAUCAAUCGAUGCGUUGUGGAAUUCAAAAAAGAUUACCUGUCAAAGCCCUGAAGAGAUUGAAUGUAGGGCAGUAGAUUAUCCGCAAAUGUCAUUGGAAGAUUUGGGUCAACAACUGUAUUGUAAUACAUCUUUUGGACUGUCAUGUUCAAAUGAAGACAAUGCAGAGGGCAUGCCACCACUUUGUUACAAUUAUAAAAUCCGUGUGGAAUGUUGUAAUGACAAUUGUAUUUCCCCUACAACGAUCACAUCAACAGAGACUACAACUGUAACAACAACACCUACAUCAACAGAAACAACACCUACAACCGUUACAGUAACAACACCUACAUCAACGGAAACAACACCUACAUCAACAGAAAGUACAACUGUAACGACAACACCUACAUCAACUGAAACUACAACUGUAACGACAACACCUACAUCAACAGAAACAACAACUACAUGUUAUUUAAGUUGUAAAUGGUCAGAGUGGAUCGAUAGCAACACACCCAGUACAGAACCCAAAGGAUUUGAAACUGAAUCAAUCGAUGCGUUGUGGAAUUCAAAAAAGAUUACCUGUCAAAGCCCUGAAGAGAUUGAAUGUAGGGCAGUAGAUUAUCCGCAAAAGUCAUUGGAAGAUUUGGGUCAACAACUGUAUUGUAAUACAUCUUUUGGACUGUCAUGUUCAAAUGAAGACAAUGCAGAGGGCAUGCCACCACUUUGUUACAAUUAUAAAAUCCGUGUGAAAUGUUGUAAUGACAAUUGCAUUUCCCCUACAACGAUCACAUCAACAGAGACUACAACUGUAACGACAACACCUACAUCAACAGAAACAACACCUACAACCGUUACAGUAACAACACCUACAUCAACUGAAACAACACCUACAUCAACAGAAAGUACAACUGUAACGACAACACCUACAUCAACGGAAACAACACCUACAACCGUUACAGUAACAACACCUACAUCAACUGAAACAACACCUACAUCAACAGAAAGUACAACUGUAACGACAACACCUACAUCAACAGAAACAACACCUACAUCAACUGAAACAACACCUACAUCAACUGAAACUACAACUGUAACGACAACACCUACAUCAACAGAAACAACAACUACAUGCUAUUUAAGUUGUAAAUGGUCAGAGUGGAUUGAUAGCAACACACCCAGUACAGAACCCAAAGGAUUUGAAACUGAAUCAAUCGAUGCGUUGUGGAAUUCAAAAAAGAUUACCUGUCAAAGCCCUGAAGAGAUUGAAUGUAGGGCAGUAGAUUAUCCGCAAAUGUCAUUGGAAGAUUUGGGUCAACAACUGUAUUGUAAUACAUCUUUUGGACUGUCAUGUUCAAAUGAAGACAAUGCAGAGGGCAUGCCACCACUUUGUUACAAUUAUAAAAUCCGUGUGGAAUGUUGUAAUGACAAUUGUAUUUCCCCUACAACGAUCACAUCAACAGAGACUACAACUGUAACGACAACACCUACAUCAACGGAAACAACACCUACAACCGUUACAGUAACAACACCUACAUCAACUGAAACAACAACUCCAACUGUAACGACAACACCUACAUCAACAGAAACAACAACUCCAACUGUAACAACAACACCUAUAUCAACAGAAACAACACCUACAUCAACAGAAACAACAACUCCAACUGUAACGACAACACCUACAUCAACAGAAAAAACUACAACUGUAACGACAAUACCUACAUCAACAGAAACUACACCUACAACCUUUACAGUAACAACACCUACAUCAACUGAAACAUCUACAAGUACUUACACUGUGAAUACAGGGCCAACUCCCAUAACCCCAAGAAAGAACUUCACAUCUCAAUGUACAUGCAAAUAUCAAAAUUCCAGUUUCUAUCAAGGAUCAACAAUCUAUAAUGAAACUGAUAAAGCAGGUUGGUGCUUUAUUGCCACCUGCAACUCCUCUUGUGUUAUUGUGAAAACGUCUCAGCCAUGCCCAACUUCUCCACCUACAAAUCCACCUCCACCUCCAAAAGACUGUACAAAUAUCAAAAGAAAGCAUAUGGAAUCCUGGAUUGAAGACUGCAAAAACAAAACAUGCUACAAUGGCAGCGUCUCAUCGGUACCUCCAACGUGUGGCAAAUUUGACAAUGUCAUACCUAAAUGUACAAAUGGAAUUAAAGCUAAGAAGGUGCCUUAUAACAAUGGAUGCUGCUCCAAGUAUGAGUGUGAAUGUAAAUGCAGUGGCUGGGGUGACCCUCAUUACAAAACUUUUGAUGGAACAUACUAUGCUUUCCAAGGAAACUGUACAUAUGUUUUGUUCCAAGAAAUCAUCCCAAAAUACAAUAUCAGUGUCCAUGUUAAAAACUAUUAUUGUGAUGUUAAAAAUAAUCUUGCCUGCCCAGAGUAUGUGAUUGUGAACUACAAAUCCUACAAAAUAAAGCUGACAAGCAACACUAAAGAGGUCCAGGUCUAUGUUAAUGAUGAAGUGAAACAACUAACUUACAUGAAUGACCAAUUCUUCAUCACCACCUCUGGCAUGGCAGUUGUUGUGAACAUCACUGAAAUCAAAGUUGAGAUUUUGGUCAAUCAUCAAGGCUUUGAGAUCAAUCUCCCAUUCUCCUAUUUCAACGGCAAUACAGAGGGACAGUGUGGGGUUUGUGACAACGACCGCACAGAUGACUGCCGACGCCCUGAUGGACAAAUUGAUCAAUCGUGUGUGAACAUGGCACAGCUUUGGAUGGUCCCACCAGGAUGCAAUACCACUAAAAAUCCAAUUCAACCUACACCUCCACCCUCCUGCAAUCCGAAGAUUUGUGAACUCAUCAAGGGCGAAAUGUUUGAGAAAUGCCAUGGGGUCAUUCCUUAUGAAAAUUAUUAUGAGGCAUGCAAAUAUGAUGUGUGCCACAUGGGAAAGAACUCUACCGGUUGCACCAGUCUGGAAGCGUAUGCCCAGCUAUGUGGCAAGGAGGGUAUCUGUGUGGACUGGAGAACAUCAGAUCAACUCCAACAUAUGUGUGAAUACACGUGCCCCAGUCACAAAGUCUACAAGGGCUGUGGGCCUAAAAUAGAAAAAACCUGCAGCACAAGGUACAAUGAUUUAUUUGUGGAGAAAGAAUGUCAAAGCAAGGAGUGUCUUCAAACAUUUAUGGAAGGUUGUUUCUGUCCUGAUAACACAUAUCAAGUUAGUUCAACGGUAGAUAACUGUACAGCUUACUGCGAUUGUAUCGGUCCUGAUGGAUUACCUAGAAUGCCUGGGGAUACAUGGACCAUGGGCUGUUCUGUAUACACAUGCUCCAAUGAGACCUUUGGUAUUAAAACUGUGCCUGUCAGCUGUCCGAUUGAAAAGCCCUGUGGAUCAGAACAAAAAUUAAUCAUUGAAAACUGCUGCCCAACAUGUGUGUGUGAUCUCGAGCUGUGUCUUCAGAAGAAAUGUGAUGUGGGAUUUGAGUUAGCAGAAAAUAAAACUGAAGGCAGUUGCUGUCCACCCUGUGUGCCUAAAGACGUCUGUGUGUACAAUAACACUGAGUACCAGCCUGGAGCUAAAAUCACCCCUGAGCCUUGUGUGGAAUGUGACUGUCAAAUGGAUAAAGACCCACAGACUCAACUACACAGCGUCAUGUGUGUUUCGAAAAUCUGUUCACCUUGCCCGCAGGGUUAUGAGCGUGUGGAACAAGAUGGAGAGUGCUGUGGGACAUGCAAUCAAAAUGCCUGUAUUCACACUGCGCCAGACAACACCACUCAUACUCUCAAGGAUGGAGAGGGCAUCGUCUACAAAUGUGAAAGUGUGAUAUGUUAUCAAGUCAAUGGCACGUUCAUGAUAGAGAAGACCAUGCCAAGCUGCCCUGUCAUCAAUGAAGAUGACUGUGUGCCCGGAACAAUGGGACUCGAUGCAGAUGGAUGUUGCAACACAUGUGACCUCAAGAACUGUGUUGUGAAGAAGAACACCACAGACGUGACUGUAAAUGGCUGCAAGUCCAUCCAACCCAUAGAAGUGACGUCCUGCGGUGGCAACUGUGACACCGGUUCAAUGUAUUCAGUGGAAACGAACAUCAUGAAGCACAGCUGUUCUUGCUGUCGUGAGGCGAAAACCCACAUUAAAAAAGUGAAGCUGAAGUGUUCCGAUGAUAGCGAGAUCCUUCAUGACUACACCUUCAUAGACAGCUGCAAAUGUACUCCAAUUACGUGUGAAAACCAGAAUAACAUUGGAUAAAAGAUCUUGUUCAGUUUUAUCUGCUCUACUGGUACAAUUGUGAUUCCAGGAAAUUGCAAAAAAUAUAUAUAAUUUGGUGAUUAUUUUUUCAGCUUUUUAUUCUAUAACUAUUAUCUCUCCGGACAUUUUCUGGGCUUUUUGAACAUUUUGUUUCUUUUUUAGCAAUGAAAAAUGUGAUUCUUUACAUUUCCUUCUUAUAAAAUGAAUGAUGACUAUAAUAAAGCAAAAUAAAUGGCAACAAAACAGUA